UCUUAUUUGCAAACAUAUGGAUUCAAUUUAGUGAAAAUUAGUUUUAACAUGGAAUUAUUAAUACACGCUUGGAGCGUAUUUUACUGCGUAAACGCAGUAAUCUCAUCAGAUAUUGUAUCAUUUGAAGCAAAUACAACACUUGUAGAAGACGGCAGCGCAGUUCUUCUUAAGUGUUUAUCUAAUAACCAGACAUUGGAUGUAAAUUUCUUUAAGGACAAUAUCUACGUUGGAUCAUGUGGUAUUUUUGAUUGUCAAGUUAUAAAUACUGCAGAAUACAUUACAUCACAGAACACUUCUAGCGAAGAUUACAACGAACACUACCUGACCAUAAAACAUUUCUCAAAAUCAUUGGCUGGAACUUACAGCUGUAUAUCGUUAAAAACUAGAGAUUCUGAAAUGGUUAAUCUAACUUUUGCAGCUUUUAUAAAGUUUGCGAAUCUAAACCCGACGAACGAUCCGGUGUCGGUCAUUGAAAACACCAGUCAUCAAUUUGAAUGUGAGACAUCCAUUGGUAUCCCAUACGCUACAGUGAAAUGGUUUAAAGACAACAGAACUAUCGAUGACAUUGCUGAUGACAUUGACCUUACACAUCUAUCAACAUCAAGGCAUGAAAACGAAGUUACAAGAAGCGUUCUACAAUUUCAACCAACAAAAGCCGACCACGGAAUGAGAUUGUUUUGUCUUGCUAAUAACGGAGGUCCUGACAUAUAUUCCAUAAAGCCAGUUUUGGAUGUUCUGUAUGGUCCAAGUAUUCCAAAGUGUCAAUUCAACAGUUCAGUGGUGAACGAAAAUAUCUCCAUACGGAAAGGUCAGGAUCUCACAAUUUCAUGUUCAGCUGAUGGUAAUCCACCACCCUUCCUGAUGUGGACGUACCCUACAGGAUCUUAUUCUGGCCAUAUCCUAAGUUUAAGCAAGAUUGCAACUGAUGCCAGUGGGAACUUUACAUGCUCUGCCCGAAAUACUUUGAAACCAACCGAUGGACAAGAAGUAAUUGGCUCUACAAGCUCUACCUUUGCUGUUAAAGUUUACGUUCCGAUCGCUGACGUAUUUAUUUCUUCACCAACAAAAGACGUUGUCGUCUUACAAAACAACGAAGAGCUUAUUGUGAAGUGCGAAUGUUUAGAUGGUAUUCCAAAAGCAACGUUUAAAUGGUUUAUAGACAAUGCAACCAAUGGCAACAAGACAGAUGACAAACUUAUCACAAAUGAUAAUGACGUGAGCGUCCAACAUCAGUUUCAAAAUGGUACAACAGUCAGUUAUUUAUCAUACACAGCCAAGUCUUCUGAAAGUGGAAUGAGAAUAUAUUGCGUGGCCCAAAAUGUGAUAAACGAAUUAACAGCAAGCAAUUCUUUGCUACUGGCUAUAAUCGGCAUUCCAGACACACCUUACAACCUCCAGGUAAAAGACGUAAAAACUGAUGCAGCUACCUUGAAAUGGAAUCAGCUUUACACAGGAGGUUUAGAGUUUUCUGUUGCCAUAGAACUUCGAGAAAAUACCAACGAAUGGAAGACACAUGAAGUCUCAGAGUUUAUCAUAAAUGACACUGAAAUGAGAGCUGCUUUGAACAAUCUAAAUGCAUCCACAUCGUAUGUGCUGCGCUUCAUGGUGUUCAAUGUGUUAGGACGAAGCAUGAUUUCAGAUGAGAUGCAGUUUCAAACACUUAAACAAAAUGAUUUAUCAGAGAAAUGCACUGUUUCUUCAUCUGUGUCUGCUGCACUGUUUGGUGGAAUUUUUGGAGCUUUGGUGCUUGGCGUGGCACUCGGAUGUGGUUAUACGUGCCUUGUGGUAAAAUGUCGGCGUGGCAGAGCCCCGGAACAAGUUCUGGAAAUGCCAACAGCUCAAGUAAAAAGAGAUCAAGAGAGUAAUGUUGGCGACCCUACAAUGUAUGAAAAUUCAGCGACGACAAGAGCAGAGAACGUUUCUCCAUAUGCUGAGCUGGACGUACACACCAUCGCAACGUCAACAUCCUACGAGAUGAUAAAGCAUACUAUGUUUGAUUACCAUAGAUACAGAGAUUAUCGAGUUUGCGUUCAAGGUCACCGUGACCUUGACCUUUUACCCGAUGGCCCCGAAAUAAAUGAGGGUCAUCUACAGGACAGGCCCAACCUCAAAUUCAAGUCUGAGGGUCAAUGUAUACUAGAUAUAAAUUCUUAUUUGCAAACAUAUGGAUUCAAUUUAGUGAAAAUUAGUUUUAACAUGGAAUUAUUAAUACACGCUUGGAGCGUAUUUUACUGCAUAAACGCAGUAAUCUCAUCAGAUAUUGUAUCAUUUGAAGCAAAUACAACACUUGUAGAAGACGGCAGCGCAGUUCUUCUUAAGUGUUUAUCUAAUAACCAGACAUUGGAUGUAAAUUUCUUUAAGGACAAUAUCUACGUUGGAUCAUGUGGUAUUUUUGAUUGUCAAGUUAUAAAUACUGCAGAAUACAUUACAUCACAGAACACUUCUAGCGAAGAUUACAACGAACACUACCUGACCAUAAAACAUUUCUCAAAAUCAUUGGCUGGAACUUACAGCUGUAUAUCGUUAAAAACUAGAGAUUCUGAAAUGGUUAAUCUAACUUUUGCAGCUUUUAUAAAGUUUGCGAAUCUAAACCCGACGAACGAUCCGGUGUCGGUCAUUGAAAACACCAGUCAUCAAUUUGAAUGUGAGACAUCCAUUGGUAUCCCAUACGCUACAGUGAAAUGGUUUAAAGACAACAGAACUAUCGAUGACAUUGCUGAUGACAUUGACCUUACACAUCUAUCAACAUCAAGGCAUGAAAACGAAGUUACAAGAAGCGUUCUACAAUUUCAACCAACAAAAGCCGACCACGGAAUGAGAUUGUUUUGUCUUGCUAAUAACGGAGGUCCUGACAUAUAUUCCAUAAAGCCAGUUUUGGAUGUUCUGUAUGGUCCAAGUAUUCCAAAGUGUCAAUUCAACAGUUCAGUGGUGAACGAAAAUAUCUCCAUACGGAAAGGUCAGGAUCUCACAAUUUCAUGUUCAGCUGAUGGUAAUCCACCACCCUUCCUGAUGUGGACGUACCCUACAGGAUCUUAUUCUGGCCAUAUCCUAAGUUUAAGCAAGAUUGCAACUGAUGCCAGUGGGAACUUUACAUGCUCUGCCCGAAAUACUUUGAAACCAACCGAUGGACAAGAAGUAAUUGGCUCUACAAGCUCUACCUUUGCUGUUAAAGUUUACGUUCCGAUCGCUGACGUAUUUAUUUCUUCACCAACAAAAGACGUUGUCGUCUUACAAAACAACGAAGAGCUUAUUGUGAAGUGCGAAUGUUUAGAUGGUAUUCCAAAAGCAACGUUUAAAUGGUUUAUAGACAAUGCAACCAAUGGCAACAAGACAGAUGACAAACUUAUCACAAAUGAUAAUGACGUGAGCGUCCAACAUCAGUUUCAAAAUGGUACAACAGUCAGUUAUUUAUCAUACACAGCCAAGUCUUCUGAAAGUGGAAUGAGAAUAUAUUGCGUGGCCCAAAAUGUGAUAAACGAAUUAACAGCAAGCAAUUCUUUGCUACUGGCUAUAAUCGGCAUUCCAGACACACCUUACAACCUCCAGGUAAAAGACGUAAAAACUGAUGCAGCUACCUUGAAAUGGAAUCAGCUUUACACAGGAGGUUUAGAGUUUUCUGUUGCCAUAGAACUUCGAGAAAAUACCAACGAAUGGAAGACACAUGAAGUCUCAGAGUUUAUCAUAAAUGACACUGAAAUGAGAGCUGCUUUGAACAAUCUAAAUGCAUCCACAUCGUAUGUGCUGCGCUUCAUGGUGUUCAAUGUGUUAGGACGAAGCAUGAUUUCAGAUGAGAUGCAGUUUCAAACACUUAAACAAAAUGAUUUAUCAGAGAAAUGCACUGUUUCUUCAUCUGUGUCUGCUGCACUGUUUGGUGGAAUUUUUGGAGCUUUGGUGCUUGGCGUGGCACUCGGAUGUGGUUAUACGUGCCUUGUGGUAAAAUGUCGGCGUGGCAGAGCCCCGGAACAAGUUCUGGAAAUGCCAACAGCUCAAGUAAAAAGAGAUCAAGAGAGUAAUGUUGGCGACCCUACAAUGUAUGAAAAUUCAGCGACGACAAGAGCAGAGAACGUUUCUCCAUAUGCUGAGCUGGACGUACACACCAUCGCAACGUCAACAUCCUACGAGAUGAUAAAGCAUACUAUGUGACAUAAUAAUCUAAAUAAGAAGUACUAUUUGACAAGAUGUUUAUUUAUCCGAGAAAUAUUAUCAUAAAGCAUUUUAGUCUAGCCUUUCAUAAUAGCUCUUGAUUUUUUUUGCCUGGUAGGUAUGCUUGAAGUUAGCACCAAUGCACCAAUGUUUAAAAAUAUAACACAAGUUCAAAUUAUUUCACUAUGGAAGAGAGUGGUACAAUGGUGAAGAACAAAGGGUAGUGUCAACGAAUUGGAAAAGGGAUUUGAUGAAAUUCAAUCUGAAGAUAAUGAUAUCCUUCAAUUAACGUUUAAAAAGGCCUUUGAGAAAGCGAAAGUUGUUUUGAUGUAAUUUAUACGAUGUUUGGGUGUUGUUUUUUUUAAUAUAUACAAAUAACCGGUAGCAUGAAGGUGGAGCUAGCGUUCGGAUAAAUUACAACGACCUUCACUUACACCGCAAGCAAGUUUUGUCAACAUGGUUCAACACAGUUAUUUCUUCAAUUAACCUAUUGAUUUAAAUUAUAUUCUCGUGUCAAAAUCAAUAACUAAGGUUCUGUGUUUAAUAACCAUUACAUAGACAAUUGUGUAAAUAUAUUCUGAAUUGAAUUUAAACAUGUUUAAAAAUGAAAUUGAGUUGUGAACUGAAUCGUUAGUAGUUAUAUGAUGCACUCAAUUUUAACAUUGUUGUUUAAUAUACAUUUUUUUAAAUGAAUGGCAAUUAAAUACAUUUUUGUUAUAAACAACAAGAAACGUAAAAAAAUAUAAGAAAUAAAAUACUUUUUAAAUAUGGAUUCCGACCGGCCAUCUUUGGCAACAAUAAGUGUCUGUCAUUGGUUUAACCAGUAUUUAAAAGACCAAUGUUAUUACACAGAACAUGUAUAUAUGCAAGUGUAUAAAAACAUGCAGUACACAUUCCAAAAUAUUAACACAUACACCUGCAAUUUAGAAUUAUAGAUUUACAGAAUUUAGAAGUAAGCAAAAUGCUUUUUCUAACACUCUCUUCUGUAUGUUAUAACUGAUUUAUCGGUGCAUUAUACUAAUAAUGUAUGCAUGCAUAAAAUGAGUUAACAAAACAUAAGUUAGCCUAAACAAAAGUUGUUGUCUUAUUUUAUGUUUACCGGUGGGUUAUAGUGAUUUAUCAGUGAUAUAAAAAUAAUAUUAACAAACAGUGAAAUAAUAUUUUAAUAUGUGUUAUAUAUAUGAACAUGGUGAAAGAUAUACUUGUUGACACGGAGACAACAUAUGUUCUCUGAUCACGAAUAUUUCCGUUUGUAAGAGAGCGGUUUUCAUUGUUGUAAAUCCAUGUGUGCUUGCUUUUGUCUGUUAGAUAAUUGCUUUAUUUUUUCAGGCAGUUAUUAAUUAUGAUGAGCUUGGACAUUGAUUGUAUAUGUAACAUUUUGGGCUUGUGUAGAGAGGUUUUGUUAUUUUUUACAUUUAAAUCAAAUCGCGGCAUUAGAUGUACAACUGUACAACAUGUUUAAAUAUGAUGUUUUAUGUGUGAGAUAAUGUAUCUAAAGAUUAUUUUUCGCAAUUGUUCCAACUUUCUACUUUCUCUUCGGAAGUUUGAAAUUCAAAAAUAAAAUACCGAAUCUGCACACUUUUUUGAAAGAAAACAUAGCUUUAUUCUCGUUCAAAAUAAUCGUUCAAUUUGUGGAAGUGUAAUCAUUUAGAGUUUACUAUUUUGUUUAAAUAUACUGAAUUUAUAUUCAAAUUGGCAAACAAAUGGAUUAAUAUAAUGACAAAUGGUUGUUAGACACUUACAGCGUAACUUACUGCAUGAACGGCGUACUAUGAUCAGGUAAUACUUAUUGUUUAAAAUUUCCAUUACAAAGAUUCGAAUUUUGAUGCAAACAAUUUACCAAAAGCCAAACGUACUCAUAAGUAACAAUUCACCAGUUCAAUAUUGAACAGAAAUAUUCACAUACAAAUGUGAUUGAGUACGACUCUUUGUUUUUAAGGAAGAUCAUUUUUCGCUCUAUAACUUCUCUUUCUCUC